GGUGCGCUUUACCGCAGUAUCACUAGAUUUCUGCAGCACUCAUCAAAACUCUGCGGCAUGAAGACAAGAGCUGGGGGGAGGGCACUCACUCGGACCUCUUACUCUUACCUCCUACUUUUAGUCUCCCCUUCUCCAUCCUCAGAUAGGCUUUUCUUUUUGUUUUCUCCGAUUUGAGCUCCUCCAUCACUCCGAGAAAAAGGGCUCCAUCCUCUCUCUCUUCUCCACAGGCUGCAUUUAAUUUCAGGUUUUCUUAAAGGAGGCUGAUCUUGUAUGACAUAAUGGCAAAGGAUGGAGAAAAAAGCGAGUGGAAGGAGUUUCUAUGGAACCCCAGGACGAGGGAGUUUCUGGGCAGGACGGCCAGCAGCUGGGGUCUCAUCCUUCUCUUCUAUUUAGUCUUCUACAUCUUCCUGGCCGGCUUGUUUGCUCUCACCAUGUACGUCAUGCUGCAGACCUUGGAUGACCACAAGCCGACCUGGCAGGACAGGCUCUCCACACCAGGCAUGGUGAUUAGACCCAAAGCCGAUGAGACCUUUGAGAUUGUCUACAACAUCCAGAACACAGAGAGCUGGGACAUGUAUGCUCAGGCCCUGGACAAGUUCUUGGAACCCUACAACAACACCAUCCAGGCCCAGAAAAACGAUGAAUGUAAACCGGACCAGUACUUCCUGCAGGAGGACAGCGGCGAUGUGAAGAACAACCCCAAGCGCUCCUGUCAAUUCCAACGCAGCCUUCUGGGGGAGUGCUCGGGAAUGACUGACCGUUACUAUGGAUACCAGGAGGGCAAGCCGUGCAUCAUCAUCAAGAUGAAUCGGGUGAUUGGGAUGCUGCCAGGGAAGGAUGGCCAGGCUCCUUAUGUCACCUGUGGUGCAAAGAGAUAUAAAGUUGGCAAGGAUGAAUGGAGAGAAGACACUGACAAAAUUGGACAGUUGAAGUACUUCCCUUCCAACGGCACGUUCAACCUCAUGUACUACCCUUACUAUGGCAAGAAAGCUCAGGUGAACUACUCGCAGCCUUUGGUUGCCGUCAAGUUCCUUAACAUCACCGUCAACGAGGACGUCAACAUCGAGUGCAAGAUCAACUCCAACAACAUUCCCACCGGCAGCGAAAGAGACAAGUUUGCCGGGCGAGUGUCUUUCAAGCUGAGGAUCAACACCAUUAACUAGGUUUCAAAGCCUUUUUCCUCCUCCGAACACCUUAUGCUCUGCAACAUGGACACACGCACAGAAACAAAUCGCAGCAUUCCCACCCUUCGUGGCUUUUUGUUUACAACCCAUCUGUCCAAAAAAAAUACAUGACGGGUGCAGACAUUGUGUGUGCGGGUGUGCGAUGAUGAGAAAAUGCACGAAUAAAGGGUGGGAAUCCUGUCAUUAUUUCUGUCUGUGAGCUUGGGGACAAAAUUUGUUUCUGUAAAUUAAUUUGAGGUGACGUCUAUUUAUACUGCAUGACAAACAAAGUAGGGGACGUGACGGAUAUAAACGUGUGUUUUUAAAGUUUGCAAGGACCAGUAACGUUAACACUAUUGCUGCUCCUGUCCUGCUGCCUCAGUAUAGAGCGUUCCUCUAUAUGUGAUACACACCACUACAAAAUGUUUAUAUAGUUUUUAUUUACACAAUAUCAUAACCUCGCCGUAAUAGGGAUGGGCAUUUGAAAUAAAUACAUUUCAUGAAUCCACUAUGGGGGGAAUGAUUACUCAAUUAUCGAUUCAUUGUUUUUUUUUGUUUUUUUAAAACUUUUAUCCAUUUGAGAUGGUAGGAAAUACUAAGUAAAGUGUCUGCAUGUCUUCUUUGCUCUGCUUCUUGAGACAGAAACAACAGCGCCUCCGCUGGUUGCAGCCAAGUAGUGCACUCCAUGAUUAACCAGCAUUCCACUGAAUUCUUAACAAUCAAUUAUAAUGCCCAUCCCUAAUCCAUAUACCUAAUCAGUUGCACUCAAAAGAUGAAUCCAACAGCAUAUAUAUUGAUGGAUGGAUGCCGAGAUGAAGCCAUUUUGCAUGUGUGUAUUGUCUUUAGUGUGCUAUGAGGGCAGGAGGCCGCCCCCAAAAUGUCCCAGCUCUUUGCGCAGUGUGGUUAAAAAAAAAAAAAGGUUCUGUGAAAGCGCUGACCACCAGGAGGGACCGCCAUGUAAUCUACGAAACAUUACGCACGCGCACAGUCGGCGUGUAUUACAAACACAAAGAUAGGCUCCUAGCCCGAACCUUUAAGCGUGUUGGUGGCUUGAAUGCGCGUACGAUCAAUCCAAUGACACACUUCAUUCCGUAGGUCGGGAAAUUGCAUACAUUGUGCAAUACUCACUAAGAAGCAUACAUUAUGAAUGCUCGAUCUCGUUGUUUAAGGCAGGCUAAUCCUGCAUAUUCAACAUGCUACAUGGUCUUCCACCCUCACCCCUCCCUGAACUGUGUGAGAGGUAAUUAUUUUUAUCCCCAUUGAGUUUACAGUUAGCUGAAACAAUCAAUUAACUAAUUUACGCCCGGUCACUAGGAGGCAUUUGUGGUUAUAGUGACAUCUUUAGACGUUUUUGCUUGUGUUGCAUUGAUUUAUCAGACUUCAGAAAUGGAUGACAUUGUAUGUUUUGUAUUGAUUUGCACUUGCUGUGCUUUUUUGGGGGAGGGGGCUGACUUGAAUUUAUUCGCAGGAAGUGGUCAUAGUAGGGUUUUGUGCACUUGAACUGUUCGUGGAUAGGCUCAAAUGAAUACAACUGGACUGGAGGAGGGGCUGAUUUUAAAAACCACAAUUUCAUUUUUGUCGCGCAUUUUUGCUGCGGUAUUCGGUGUUUACGUUGUGACCAGUUAGACAGCACAAUCUGCAAGCAUGUGUGUGGUGCUAACGAUGUGCUCUGACUGAUCGGUGUGGGUCGACAACGCAAGAGUAAUUCAAACUCAGGCAAUCCAGAGAAUCUUUUUCCUGCUUUCUGUUUUUUUCCACUCCAUUCACAAGCACACUCCUCGGCUGCAACACUUACUUAAUUUCACUCUAAUCUCUUAAUCUGGUGGGCUAAUCCACAGCCCUGCACGCUGAACUUCUUUGCCCUACUUUGUUGCUCUUCCUCCUUCGCAUGGUCACCGUAUCCGAAACAGACGUGAAACAAGGACCAUUCAUUCAUUUUGUUUGUUUGUCCCGGCAUUUAAUCCUGAAUAUUACGUUAUAAUUCAUCCUAGAGCUGUUCAAUUGCAAAACAGCUCCUGCUUUAGCCAUUUGCAUAUGAAGUCUUCAACCAAAGAUCUACAUUAGAGUGAAAAAUGUGAUUUCACCAAGAAAUGCAGAGACAGUGUAGGAUCCUGUGGCUGCAUAAAGCAAUGUUAUAAAAAGGCCUACGGUUAUAUAAUACGCACAAAAGGAAUAUGUUUCUCAAAGACAUAACAGUGCCUCCUGGUGGACAGAACAUGUUGUUGCCAGUGUCCAGGAAUAUACUGUAAUUGAUCCUCUGACAGUAUCUCCUUUUAUCAAUCUUCCUCUGUGAUAAUUUGGAGAUGUCCUCGCAAAGCAAUAUAUUUCUUUCUCGUGUGGCUGUGUGGUGUAUUUAUGGAAAAAGGGUGUGACAAAACGAGGCGUUAAAAAAAACAACAACAAAAAAACAAGUGAGAGACAGCUUUUCAUGGAAGAAUAGAAGUCAUGUAUCGUUUGUGACUGAUUAUUUUUAAUCGCAAUUUUUGUUGUAAAGACUAGAGAACGUAUCGGCCGGGAUUGUAUCACGUCAGCUGAGGUACACGGCAGGUUUUCAUCAUCGUUUUAUCAAAUGUAACCGCUUGGUUGACGAGGCUUUCUCGUUCGUUUUCUUUACUUUGUGACAUCUCCACUCUUUCCCCUUAUGAAAGCUUUUCAGGUUUGCAAUGAAUGCGACGUGAUGGUGUGUGUCAACGUUUCCCAAAAAACGGCACAGUGUGUUCUGACCAAAAGUAUUGAUGGAAGUACACAAAUCAUGUUAUUAAAAUAUAUCAAAUAAAAUAACACCCUACCCUAUACCGACAUAUAUCAAAUCCUAAUCAUGAAUGUGGUACAAAGGGAGGAUCAGAUCAGUUUGCUGCCCAAACGGAUGAUAAAUCUACCCUGGAUCUUUAUUUUAUGCUCUUACUGUAUGUAUAUUUUUGCUCAUGUUUACUGCAAAACAAGAUAGAGAAAUUAAUAAAUGUCAUUUAAGGAACCAAAA